AUGCAAAAGGACGUGUCAAAAGCAUCUGAUACUGUCAAUAAUAAUCAUUGUACUAAUGGUACACAGAUAACGACAGCACAAAACUGGCGAUAUUUUGGUGGAAGAUGGAGAGGAGGUAGAUCGACUUAUUAUGGAUAUCGUAAUCAUCCGGCAUUUUUUGGUCCGUUUGCGGAAUUUUCAACACCUCCACCUGCUGUUUUUGACAUACCACCGCGUGUACUACCCGCCAAUAUGUUUAAUGCCAAUGUGGUACCACCCUGUGAAAGAGACGCUCAGUUCGAAAUGCAGUUUGCACCUUUUACGAAUCAUUCCCCAUCAUAUCAGUUUGACAGUUAUUUGCCUCGCUUUCAUAAAGAUGCACUUCCUUUAUCUUUAAAUGCCAUUGGUGCUAUUCAUCCAUCAUCAUCAUCGUCCUCAGCAUAUAAUCGUCAUUCUAUAAAAGGUGGAAAAAUGCAUCGUUGCAAAACAGAAAGGAAAGAUAUCAAGGAUUUGCGGCAUAAUUGUCAAGAACUUCCAUCUGAGCAGUUAUCGCGACUAAGCUUAGAAGGUGGGUUAGUUGACGUCCAAGAAGGCUAUGGCUGUCCGCCUUCAUAUGUUAUGGAGAGCUAUCGUGGUCAAACUGAGUUGAUUACAGCACCACAUGAUUGUCGACUUUUUAAAGAUAAUUCUAAUUCAGUAACACCGCUUUCUGUAAACGGAACUUUUCGAAAUAAUAAGGCGAUGACUCAUCGCGAACAUGAAUCACUGCAAACAUUACGAGACAGGCUGAAGAAGCAGCUGGAAGAAGAAAGCUAUGAAUGCAUGAUUUGCUGCCAAGUCAUACGUGCUAGUGAGUGGAUAUGGACUUGCAAAAAAUGUUACCAUAUGUUCCAUAUUAAUCGUGCGAAUUCAUAUGGUUGCAUAACGCAGUGGGCAGCUAAAAGUUUCCAAGCAGAUAUCGGCUGGCGUUGCCCAAGUUGUCAGAAUGUUACUUUUGAAAUUCCCAAACAGUAUCGAUGUUUCUGUACUAAAAAGCUGAAUCCUCCAACACAAAGAUUCCCGGAUAUGCCUCACUCCUGCAAUUCAGUUUGUGGGAAAAUUCGUGGUGCCGGUUGUACUCAUCCGUGUACAGACCAGUGUCAUCCAGGGCCUUGUGCAGAAUGUCUGCUUACGCUUACUCAAAAAUGCAACUGUGGUCGGGAGACUAUUGCUGGUCGCUGCGGUAAGCAACUGGAAUUUAAGUGCUCAGUGGUGUGUGGGAAGACGCUCAAUUGCGGGUUACAUAAAUGCGAAGUUACUUGUCACCAAGGAGAUUGUAGCGUUUGUGAAUAUGUUGUUACUCAAAAAUGUUUUUGUGGUCUUGAAGAGCGUGUCGUGCCUUGUACAGCUUUAAAUUUGAAAGUUACUUCAUUUAGUUGUGGUGCUCCAUGCACUGGGAUGUAUGCAUGCGGUGUACAUAAAUGCGAACUCAAAUGUCAUGACAAACAUGGAAAAGAUGAUUGUGGACUGUGUAGUUUAUCACCGAAAAAGAAGGAAUAUUGUCCCUGUGGACGAACACUUAUUGCAAAGCUACUGAAUAUGGAGCGAACAUCUUGUACUGAUCCAGUUCCCACAUGCAAAAGUGUUUGCGGCAAAGUUCUAGCUUGUGGUCCAGAGGAUCAACCGCAUCGCUGCAUUCAACUAUGUCAUGUGGGAUCCUGUUCUGGUUGCCCUUCAAGUUGUUUGAUAAGUUGCAGGUGUAAAGCCUUGAAAAAAAUAAUACCAUGCAAAGAAUUUAUUCUUUAUUCAGCCGAAAAUCCGUAUCUUUGUCUGCGACGGUGUAAAAAAUUGAAGACCUGCCAGAAUCAUCGGUGCCGUGCUGUUUGUUGUGUUGAUGAGGAGCAUGUUUGUAUGCAGAUCUGCGGUAAAAAACUGAAUUGUGGAAUUCAUAAGUGUGACCGAUUAUGUCACGUUGGGCAAUGUUCUCGAUGUUUGCAAGCAAGUUUCGAGGAACAACACUGUUUGUGUGGGCAGACCGUCCGCGAACCACCGAUCCCGUGCGGCACACCACUUCCACCUUGCAAUCAGCCGUGUUCACGACAACAUUCCUGUAAUCAUCCUCCAAUGCACAACUGCCAUGCUGAGCCUGAGUGUCCACCUUGUACUGUGCUUACUCAGAAGCCAUGUUACGGUGCACACGAGAUACGCGCAAAUAUUCCAUGCUUUUUAAACGAUGUUUCUUGUGGACGCCCGUGUGAUAAGAAACUGUUGUGCAAUGUACAUCGAUGUAAACGAAUUUGUCACGUAGGACAGUGCUUGGUAAAUGAUAUCUCGUGUCAGCAACCAUGUAUUAAAAAAAGAGUUGGAGAAUCUUGUGAUCACAUCUGUGGCCUUCCAUUGAUCAUCACUUGCUCAUGUCUUCGGAAAUCGUCUAAAAUGCCUUGUUCAGAUGUUGAAAAGGCUUACCAAAAGUUGUUAUCACUAAAAGUAAUGGAGGAUAACCAUUCGAAUCUGUCUGUCGAGAAACGUCCAUUAAAAAAAAGUUUAAGCGCAGAAAAAUAUCGUUGCCUUCCAUGCGAUGUAGAAUGUCAACGAGCACUGAGAAAUAAAAAACUGGCAAGAAUAUUAAAUAUUUCUCAUCCAGAUGCAGUUGAUGCUUUAUCUGCUUUUUUGAAAAAUAAGUUAAAAACGAAUUACAAAGACAUUUUGGACGUCGAAGACACAUUGAUUGAACUUCUGCAUGAUUUAGAUGCUCAACCAAAUGUGACGUCUGUUAGUCACUCAUUUCCACCAAUGCAUUCGGAGCUGCGUCGCAUAAUUCAUGAAUACAGCGAACAUUUUGGCAUCGAAACAGUCAGUUAUGGCCAGGAACCACAAAGAAAUGUAGUCGCCACCGCUAAGCGGGGUGUAAGUUAUAUGCCAGCUGUUCUUCUUACGGCUUCUAAAAGAUACGCGACAGAAUCAUCUAUGUUAGCAUCAAGCAGUGCAGCAUUCGCUCCAUCCAAAACUCUAUCACCGAUUUCAAAAAAUUUUUCAUGUGUUGGAAGUAAGAUGCAGCAACUGCAUUCAGAAGGCAAAGCGCUAAAACGAGGUUUGAAAGAACCAUUGAUGUCACAAAAAUAG